AUGCAAGAAGACUUGGAGACCCUGCUGGCCUUGGAAAGGGCUGAUAUCAUAGCCCAAUACCAUCAGGCACGCCAAGGAGGGUAUCCACGGGACCUGUCACUGUGGAAGGUCAUGGACCAUCAGGGCCUUCUGCAGGAGAAGGAGCUGCCUGGCCUCAGCCCCCAUAAGGCCAAGAAACAUCACCAGGAGACCCAGCGCGUGGACAAGUGGCUAACAAUGCUCAGGAAAUGGGGCCACUACCACCACAGCGAGAAGCUGUGUCACCAGGUCUAUAAGGGGGUCCUGCCCCAGGUGUGGGGACAGGUGUGGUUGCAUUUGCUGGAGAUUGAGAACCCAGAGAAAUAUCAGGAAAUGAAAGAGGAGGCCCAGGUCUCCUCCUGGGACAUCAACAGAACCUUCCACAACCACACCACGUUCUGGGACCGCUAUGGGGUUGGGUGAGGCUGCUGGGCAUGUGGGGUUCUGAGGGCCCCAGGGGAGGCCUGGGGGCUUCUGGGUAGGGAACAUGGGGUCUCCGAGGCCAGGGGGGAAUGACAGCAGCAAACAAAACACUGCCGCAUGUAAAGUACUCGGGAUGACCUACGUGCCCCCCACGUGCCCCCCACGUGCCCCCUGGGG